AUGCCUGUUUGCUUCAACGUGUGUGGAAAUCCAUUCACAGUCAUAGACAUAAGGGCUGGAAGGAGAGCAGGGCAGGUUUCGUCACAAGUUCGAAAUGGAGGCACAGGUGGGCAGCCAGAUGAAUGCAACAGUGAGGGCGGUAACUACCACGGAGGAGUGGGAGCGGGUUGGUUUGGUCAAGGUUGUGCCCGGCUAGGCUCCUCCCAUGGUGAAAGAGGUGGAUCACGUGCGCAAGCGUGGAUUGGAGGUCAAGCCGGAGGUAUGAAUAGCAGUAAUAACGGGGGCCCUGCACCAGGAGCAGUUGGUGGGUUUGGUGGUGGGGGAGGUGGAUCAGAGGAUAAAUGUGCAUCAGGUGGAGGUGGUGGCUACUUUGGGGGAGGAAGUGGUACCCAAUGGGAACAAACUGGAGGUGGAGGGGGCUCGUACUGUAAUGGCGAAGAUUGUUCCGGUUUGGCUGGUGGGAACUCGAAUGAUGACGGCCUCGUGCAAAUUAUAGAAUUGUUCGGCUGA